CACUCGUACGCCGGACCAGCAGGGAGAAGGAUGGAAAAGGCUGACCAUGAGACUAGGAUUUUAUUUUCCCUGUUGUAUUGCUAGGGUUUUAGAGGGCAUGUUGAGGAGUAGGAACAGGAGACGGACGUGCUUGUUCUGGAGUGGAAUAAUCGCGAGUUUGGUGACGGUGUUCCUGGUGGUUGCCCUGAAGGAUGCUCUCCUCGCCUCCAGCUUCAUCUGCUCCACAGAUGACAUUAUGAACAAACACGUUAAGAUAUUGUGCAAGGGUCUAGCAGAUCAGAAGAAGAACCAUCCCUCAGAAGGAGCUAUAAGCGAGAACAAACUCUGCCAAGAACUGUGCGGCCAAGAUGUGUCGUCUCAGCUUGCGUGCCACACCUUCCACCUGAACAAGCCGACUGUCUUCACCCUCGACAAUGGGCACAAGAAGGUCGUCAAGAGUGUCAUUUGGAGCGAGGACAGAGAGGAAGCUGUUGACGAGCCGGACGAGGCGAGUGAGGUUUAUUGGAACAAGAAAUCAGGAGAGCCAUACUUUCCAACACGAGAGGAACUGCAGAGCAUGGCCAUAACCUAUGCCUUGAACUUCAUCGGUCACGACAUCAACAAAGACUCCAUUUCUAAGCUCAUGGACGAGAAUAAUCUCUAUAAAACCAGCACUGAAGUUGUUGAGUAUCACAAAAAUUUCUGGUUGUUGUUACAGGAUCAUGAAUUUUUAAUGUCCUACCUUUUGGAAGAGUUUAGAUUGUUCCCACGUGUGUUAGGGACAUGCGGUUCAUACUAUGCUGUGGAGUACCUAGCGCCUCUCACGGAGAAUGCAAUGAGGCCCUUUAGCCUUACCUGGCGGGAGAGGUUGUGGAAGGGCUUAGACAUCCUUCGAUAUAUCAGGAAAUUGGAAACCAUCUACACGGAACACAUUCAUCUGUGCGACAUAAAGCACAGUCAUUUUGGCUGGAAUAAGUCUGGUAAUGUGAUGUUCCUGGAUCUGGAUUCGGUCUUGCCAGAGAAUGCUCUCCUGAAGAUCAUGGAAAAUACACCCUCUUGUUCCGAAGACGAGGACUGUUCCUAUUUUGACUGCAAAGGCAGGUGCCAUCUUCGAACAUCAAAGUGCGAAUUAGAAAGGGUGAAUACAAACCUUCAAGUGGUAUGUGACAAAGUUUUCCUAGGGAACACUGACAGUGUCAUAUCCCUCUAUGGGUUACUGGUUUCCUACGAAGGCAACGAGGAGCUGAGUGAGGCCCUUGAGUUGUGCAAAACGAACAAAGGCAUGACCGUGGAUGGUAUGCUUGACGUCUUGAUUAGGGCAUCCAAUCACCUCCUUUACUAGUUGUUGGAAUCUAGUCCUUAGUGAUGUGAUGUAGGAAUUUUCUUUCCUGAUGAGUUGUUUUUGUUAUACAAAUGUAAUGGUAUUCAGAGAGAAAUUACUGCAUUUAGUUAUAAAUGGUUGUUAAGGUGACAUAUUUCGUUAGUUUGCAUGUAAUAUAUACAGCUGAUAUUUGUGAGAAAUUACUGAUCAAGAACUUUGAGACUAGGGAGUUUUACUAAGAAAGUUAGUGAGACAGAGUUUGGAGUUGUAAACAGAAUAAGAUUUAUAUCAAGAUUUUGAUAUGUAACAUUUUGAUGGCUUGCAUUUUAUAUUGGAAGGAAUGCUUCUUUUGUGAUUUUUAAACUAUACAAGCAAUUCUGGAGAGGAUUUUAUAGAAGAAAUUUCAAAAAAAAAGUUAAAUGAUUUUUCUGACCAGCCAUGUCAGAUUUGGUUGCUUUACCACUUGACAACUGAUUAAAUAAAAAGAAAAAACUGAUUUUCACAAUUUUCCAAUUUCCAUAUGGCUGCUAUGUGAGGGCUGCUUGCAUAAAUCUUAUGGGUUAGGCCUGUAAUAUAUUUAAGUUUUGCCUGAUGGAAGACUAAUAUACUUGCAAGUACAAAUUUUUCAAGGUUCUGUCUCCAUGCACAGUUAUAAUACAGGUAUCCUUUUUCAUUUUCAAAUGUAUAAAAAGAGGCUUAAUCAAUGACUAGAGAGAUUCUCAAAUAAAUAUUGUUUUUGUGUGAAAGUUUUAAGUUAUACUCAAGAUGAAUAGGAUAUGUAUUGCUUGUGUCUUUUCUCUUAACAGGUUCACCAAGUUCACUUAGGGAUUGUCUGUGUUUUAGUGCUGUUACUCGUACGUUUAAAAGUGAACAUUCCAAAAUGUUUGCAGUAUUAUUAUUUUGUGGAUGUAGCAUUUAUACUACUAGAACAAUGGAAAAUUGUCAGAAGAUUUACAACAGGAGAGUCUUAUAUCCUGAAAAGGUUCACAAUACAUCUUGUACAACUUUUUCACAGCUGAAAUCACUGUU